AUGCCAUCUCGUGAUCUCCUUGCUCCAAGUGUCGUGGCUCAGAGGGCAGAGCUUGCCAGUGAAAAGGGCAACAGUCUUUGUGCCGACCGUAUUCCGACCUCAAAUAAAUGCCGCGUCUGCAACAAGACCUUUACUCGCUUAGCACACCUUCAGCGGCAUCUCGCCUCACACGGAGGCACCAAGCAAUGGGUGUGCGAAUUUUGCGGUACCUCGUUUGGCCGCCGGUGCGUCUUUGCGCAUCGUCGGAUGCUUCGGCAUGCUACGGAUGACGCUGCUCAGUCGAGGGUCCAGGAUAACGGCUCUCUAUCAGCAUGCUCAAGCAGCAAGGCAUCGGCAAGUUCCCCAGCUUCUGAUCAGCUGUUGAUUUCUAGAGAGACAUCCGCAUCUGUCGGGCAGACGAGCGCGGGGUCUGCCUCUUCCUCUGCCUCUGCCUCCGCGCCGUUUUCAGCGCAAAGCCCGGGCCCGGCAAGCAAUGGCCAAGGCACCCUCUUUUCUCUCAUCUUGCCUAUGGAUGACAUGUCUGAACAACAUUGGAUACCAACCAUUGACCCAUUCGCCGCGACGGACGAGCCGUUCGACGUACUUUCUACCUUUUCAUGGACAACGGGUGGGCCAGAAAUGCUUUGGACGGCCCCCGGCGAGGUCACACUCGGCCCAAACGUGACGGCGAACGAACCUCCUAUCGACAGCGUUGCUGCUACAAGCCCCCAUGAUGAGUUGGCAUCUAUUGACCCGCGACGGGUAUCUGUCGAUCCGGGUCUAGCCCCUCUCGGACUAAGUCUCCUUCAGCUGGAUCCGUUAGAACACCACCGCAUGGUGAUCGUUGACUUCCUCUCUACAGCUUGCGAGGACGUGCCGGGGAUCCACAAUCUCUUCAAAACGCGGAGCAUGGGCAUGAUCUUGAACUCCUACUUUGUUCGUCACCACCAAAAGACCCCGGUCACACACCUGCCAACCUUCAGUAUUGCAUCCGCCUCGACGUCUAUCGUGCUAGCAAUGUUCCUUUUUACGGCGGCGUAUACGCCGUCCCUAGGCUUGCAGCCGCGACAAUUUCAAAGCUUGCUGGUGGCGGCGUACCGUUUUAUAAUCAAGAAUGACAAGGCCCUGGGAAAUGCAAAAGAGCCGUCGGUAUCUACGCUACAGGCCUGUUGGCUUCUGAUCAUGCUCGAGAAUCCAAUGAACGCUACCCAUUGCGCAGGCAGUGCCAUCCCCUUUGAGGACAUUGUUUCUCUAGCUCGCCGCGCGCACAUCUUUGACGGCUCCCGGUUGAAAAACCUUGGUCCCGACCCACGGUGGAUAGACUGGGUAGAUGCAGAGAACUUCCGUAGGCUGGCCUUCGUCUUGUAUGCCCUGGAUUGUCUCCGAAGCGUCUUAAAAGGGGGGGUGCCCCAUAUCCCGACGUGCGAGAUGCAGCUGCACUUACCCGAGCCCGAGGCGCUGUUCCAAGCGCCCAACGAAGCGGAAUGGCGCCGCCUCAGGCACGCCGGCGGGCACCAGCAGCUACGCACACCCGUCUUCUCUGUAGUCAUGGAACUUGUCCUCCGCGGCCUGGCCGAUCAAGAGCAUAUGCCUCAGACGCUCAUGGGCAAGUUCGCUGUUACGCACGGGAUUCUCCUCCACGCGUGGCAGGCAAAAACGCAGUACGAACUCGGACGCCGCCAAAUGGCCAAUUCUACUGCGCUAGAACUUUUCUUCCAUGGGCGGGCGCAGGAGAUUCGUAGUGCGCUUGCGGUCCUCUACCCUGGGUGGCGCGCGACGCUAAGUGAUACUAUUCAUGAUCCGCAGAAAGGCGACAUGGCCCUACUCUACAGAGAUCGCGCGCUGGCAUGGUAUUACUUGGCUGGUGUUCUCACGCUUCCGCAAAGCUGCUUCUCGUCUGUGGAGGGACUUGAAGCAGAAGAAGGCAGGAAGACGCCUCAAGGUACCUCGAUGGCCUUGUUCAUGAAACGACUGGUAAGAGCGGUUGACCGGGGACUUCUCCGAGGUCUUGAUGGCGACUAUGGCGGUAUAUAUCAACUCGUGAGUUCCCUCAGCCUCGAAGGGGAGGAGACCACGACCGAGUUGGGGACCUUGAUAUACCUCACGACGUAG